AUGGUCUAUUACUUUACCUCCAAUGUGGUCAGCCCGGCGGCCUUUAUCUACGUCGGCAAGGACAAGUUCGAAAGGUCGGUCCCCUUGCGCAUUCCCAAUGAUCCCCGCAGUCCCUCUAACCGUACCAGUUCCACCGCGCACGUCUAUGUACGACUUCGAGAAGGCGAAACAUGGGAGCAGAUCCCAGAGAAGCUUUUGGAGGACUGCGCACAAUUGACCAAGGCGAACUCGAUUGAAGGAAACAAGAAAGACAAUAUCACCAUUAUCUACACACCCUGGGCCAAUCUCCAGAAGGAUGGAUCGAUGGCUACAGGACAGGUCUCAUUCCACAACCCCAAACUUGUCAAGAAGGUUCUUGUCCGCGUCCGCGAAAACCCUAUCGUCAACCGACUCAAUAAAACCCGUGUCGAGAAGUUCCCUGAUCUGAGAGCGGAGAAGGAGGAGUACCUCAAGAAGAAGCGCAAUGAUGAACGGAAGGUUCGUGAUCAGCAGAAGGAAAAGGAUAAGUUGGAGAAGAGGGAGCGUGAGCAGUUGAAGUGGCAGAAGGCUCAUGCUUAUGAUGAUAUGUUCAGUGAGGAAAACAUGGAGGCCAGCAAUAACCAAAAUCGGGAUGCGGAUUUCCUUGAUGACUUUAUGUGA